UAUAGAUUCUAUGUUAUAAUAUAGAUGCUCCGAGUCCAAUCAAUCGACGUUACUGUAAGUCCGAUCUACCAGAAUUCUCUUGAUCCAUUUACCGGAUAACACCGAGAAAGUCCUCCCACUUGGCUAGCCAUUCGGCACAAGACGUUGCUGGACGGCAUGAAGAUCAUGAUGAGAACGUUUUCCUCUUCGUACACAACCUGAUCGGCAUGUUCCUUUUAUUGGUGACGAGAUACCUUUGAGUAGUUCUUAAAGUUUCUAGGAUAUACCCGUGUUGUUCUCGCCGUCACAUCCCUCUAUUACAUGCCCCUCCACCCACGAACAUGUUCGCUAUUGUAUAGCGUCUCUUGUAUACUUGAUGCCCUAGACGGAGCCGUAGCCCGGCGUCUAGGGCAAUCAACGCGAUUCGGUGCCGUUCUGGAUAUGAUUACAGACCGAUGUACAACAAAUUGCUUGCUAGUUUUCCUGGCGAGCGCAUUUCCCAGGUGGAGUAUUAUCUUUCAGGGCUUGAUUAGCUUGGACUAUUCAAGCCACUAUAUCCAUAUGUAUGCGACCUUGGCAAUGGGUGGAAACCGUCAGAGCCACAAACAGAUCGAUGAGAGUCGGCCAUGGGUCAUGCGAAUCUACUACUCUAACACAAAAGUCCUUUUUACGGUGUGCGCGCUGAAUGAGCUCUUCUUCAUUGCGUUGUAUUUGCUCUCAUUCUCGUCGUCGCCAUCGUCGCUGGACAAUGCGAGCUUCAAGGUAUCACAAUCCAAUCCUUCAACACUAUGGAGCUCCUCUUGGAGUGCUGGGGCAAUGGACAUGGCCCGUGCCAAUAAAUUAGACGAAACUGUUCCAUGGUGCCUACUUUAUGUCUCGACGCCAUUUAUGCUCUUUAAGCAAUAUGUGAACAUGGCUCAGUUACUAGAGGCCAGCAAGUGGCUUGUCCAAGGUGACAUUGAAAUGAGAAGGAAUGCACGGUUGGCGCAGAAAAGAGAUCAGUGACCCCCUGUAGUAGCUUGUACAUUGUAUUUAGUGCUACCAGGACAGGGAACAUAGACAUAACAAUGAUUAGCAGAUAUACAAAGAAUGGCUUCGAUUAGUCCACACUUAUCCAUAGCUAAGAUGUCGUUGGAUAUUCGCCCGUUUGAAUAUUCAGAAUGCUGUUAUAUAUGAGACUGAGUCCCUUGUGGAAAUAUGUGGCUCAGUGCAGCCAUCUCCGCGUUGCUUUGAAAGAGCUAGGAAAACCCCAUCACCUCGUUAUUCAACUC